AUGCCUCAAGAAGGCAUGCGAGAGAGCAGAGCAACAGGUCGUUAUAAUCGCAUUGCUUUGCUGUCCAGCCGGCAUCCUAGCUUCAUGGCUGCCAUGCUUCUAGCUGCCAUGUUUCGCCUUGCCCGACUCUGCAUGUGGACGACUGACCUGUGGGAGCCAGCCGGACUUACUGGCGAGGCGAGAUGUGGUUAUGCAUAUCUGUGCAAGCCCAAAAAGGCUGCUAGGACGUACGUGCGCAUUUUGUGGCUGGCUGGCUUGCGGCUGGCUAGGGAGGCCCAUACAUACCAGAUUGUCAAUGGAGGUUCUUACCGCCUCCACCAACCCACCUCUACGACCAACUUUCUAUGUUUGCCCUCGCACUACACUCGCUGUUAA